CGGAAAGCGACCCGAGAGACCAUUAGAGAAAGAAACCCAUAAGCCCGUCCAACACGUCAGCCUGCGUCGAAAGCUCGGCCAAAAUCAAAGCCCAAAAUCCAGGACGAGGAAGCCGGUUUGUCCGUCCGUCGUGCAUAAAUCCAGCGGCGUGUUCCAAAACCUCUCACCGCGGGACAGAGAACGGAAGCAAAAAGUGACCGAGGCCGAUCAUUUGGUGAUGACUCGAUCCAAAUACAUCCUCGCGUUGCUCACCUUCGUCACCAUCGGGAUGAUCAUAGGUCCAAUCCAGACCCGUACUGACUCGUAUCGCUGGCCGGCCGGCAUGAAUCCUGGUUCGUUAUUUCAAUUAGCUUUUAUCCGACGAUUAGAAGAGUCAUCUGGUACUUCACAUUGGGAGAAUGACAAAGAUGCCACUGUGCUUCGUCUCGGAUUUGUCAAACCUGAAGUCCUCAGUUGGUCGCCUCGAAUAAUUCUUUUCCAUAAUUUCUUAAGCACAGAGGAAUGCGAUUAUCUUAGAGCAAUUGCCAGACCUCGUCUUCAGUUUUCCACCGUCGUAGAUACCAAAACAGGGAAGGGUAUCAAAAGUGAUGUCCGUACAAGUUCUGGUAUGUUUUUGAGUUCCGAAGAGAGAAAUUUUCCGAUUAUACAGGCUAUUGAAAAGCGGAUUGCUGUCUUUUCCCAAGUACCUGCUGAGAAUGGAGAGCUCAUUCAAGUACUGAGGUAUGAAACAAAUCAAUAUUACAAGCCACAUCAUGAUUACUUUGCUGACACUUUCAACUUGAAGCGUGGAGGCCAACGUAUAGCAACAAUGCUCAUGUAUUUAAGCGACAAUGUUGAAGGGGGUGAAACAUAUUUUCCUUUGGCAGGAAAUGGUGAAUGCAAUUGUGGAGGAAAGAUGAUGAAGGGGUUGUGUGUCAAACCUGUUAAAGGAGAUGCGGUUCUCUUUUGGAGCAUGGGUCUAAAUGGAGAGUCCGAUCCAAAUAGUAUUCAUGGAGGAUGUGCAGUUUUGAAAGGAGAGAAGUGGUCAGCUACAAAAUGGAUGAGGCAAAGAACUAGCUAUUGAUAAUUUUCUCCCAUACAACUUCCAAUUUUCUUGCACAUAAUAGACUAGAUAUAAAAACUGGUCAAUAUUAUGGUGACACGUAUACCUCUCUUUUGUUGUAAGACCAUACUAAAUAUAGCAAGAACCUUUUGCAGUACAGAGAAUUUGCAUUCAGAAAGAUCUUUGGUUACAUGAAGUGGUUUAAAGAGCUUGUGGUAGUUAGCUUGGAUAUCUCACCAAGGUAACUGGAUAUUGAAAGUAUGCAGAAAAAGGAUGCAUGUAUCACCAAUGUUGGAUUGGAAAUUUUCAAUUCUACUGCCCUUGUAUCACGUGAGUAAACCAGUAACUUUAAAGGAAAUUUCCUCUCAAUUUGGAUAAGGAUAGAUGCUUGUG